GCCCGCCGGGAAAAGCCCCCCGGAAGCUGGGCGGAAGAGGGGGUGGUUCCCAUAGUAACCGCCGCGGCCGCCAUGUCCUUCAAGCGGGAGGGGGACGAUCCCGGGCAGCUGGGGGUGCUGCAGAAAAGACGUGUCGCGGACCUGUUGGCCAACUACAUCCCCGAGGACGAGGCACUGCUGCUGAGGAGCGGGAGGUAUGCCUGCACGGUGUGCGCCCACCACCCUGUCUUUGACACGCUGGACGUGCUGACGGUCCACAGGGCUGGCAAGAAGCACAUGAGCAGCCUGCAGCGUUUCUAUGGCAGGAAGCGCUCACUCCAGGACGCGGCCCAGAAACGGCAGCAUGAGCAGGAGGUGCAGGCAGAGGAGGCAGGAGUGCAGGGCUCCCCGGCCCCUCUGUUGGCACAGACGAGGAGGAUCGCCCGGAGUGCUCUGCUGAAAGCGGCUCCCUACAGCAGCUGCUGCCGGAGAACAGGGGUGCAGGGAAGCAGCUCCCAAUCUGGUGUCACCCAGAGAGGGCCGAGCGUUGCCCCGACACCGCCGGAGCCGUCGCGGAAGGACAGAGAAGCCGUGGAUGCCAGCCCUGCAGCCCUGCUGCCAGGGCACUGCGGUGGGCGAGCGGAUGCACCGAAGGCGGCUCCAGCCCGGACACAGCGAGGUGGCAAAGGAAAAGCUGCAUCAUCAGCCCUGAGCCGGCCUGAAGUCCUCAGCCCCGAGAGGCGCCAGGCCCUGGAGCGAUACCUGCAGCUGCGGAGCGCCGGCUGGAUCCAGGACCGCUCCGGCAAGUGGGUGAAGGACAAGAAUGCCGAAUUCGACUCCGAUGAGGACGAGCCGCCCACGCUGCUGCCGGCCUGAGGUCGCCCUGUACCCCACUGGUCCCCACAGGGACAGUUCCCCCAGGCUGUCCCCAAGCCCCGCCAUUAAUAGAGGCAGCUGGAGAGGACAGAGGUGUCUGAGCCGUUGGGGCAGAUCCCGGGGAGGGGGUGGUAUUGGGAGUCCCAGCAUUUUGCCGCUCAACCUGAUGCUUGUUUGGGGUGUCCCCUCCCUGGCCAGAGCCCUGCAAGCGCUGCCAACCUCGACAUAGGUUUCGGCCCGUCCCCUCCUGUCCCUGGCCCAAGUCACGCUCGUUUUCUCGCACACUGGCAGCUGCCUGCGGGUCGUGGCCUUUCAGGGUGGCGGUGCCGGGUUCCCCCCCUCCUCCCCAGCCCCAGCAGCUGUCCCGGUGCUUCGGAAAGCGCUUGGCCAUGUCACCUGCCUCAGUUUUCCCCCCAUUUUUCCUGCCAGCCUUGGGUUCUUCCACACUGGGGGGGCACCCACGGGACUGUUGUUUACGGGGCUGUGCCCUGAGCUGGCAUCUACACCCCUGGGACAGCACCCACCACCCACCCAAGGGUCUGCCUGGGCCCUGGGGCUGGAUCCUGUCCCUGGCGGGGGGCUCCCUGGCAGCGCUGCCCGGGGUGAUGUUACCCCCGAGCGCUGGGAUUUACCCACUCGCUCGGCUCGUGCCUAUAAAUAGGUGGUGGCACCUAUAAAUAGGCCCUGUGUCCCCCCCCCCACCCUCACUGGGCUGUGGGUCCUGGCCCCCACGGGCCCUGGGUGCCCGGCUCCGUGCUAUGGGUCUGCCGGCUGGCCGCUGAGGGGGGGAUUACCCUGCUCCCCCCACCCCUCCUGGUGCCGUAACUCAAUCUCCCAGGUAUAAAUACCCCGCUGCUCCCCGAGGGGAUCCAGGCGUCCGGCCCGGCCCCAUGGAUUAACAACCGGAGGCUAAUGGGGGCCUCGAGCCCU